AUGGCUUCGGAAACCAACGAAGCAGAACUCGAUGUCCUUGGAGACGAAAUCGCUGAAUUGGAAGAGCAGAUUGCUGCGACCAAGAAGCAACUCAAAAUUCAGGCUUCAACCAUCAUAGCCUCCAUUCCAAGCCAGAGUCUCGUCAAAGAAUCGUCGCGAUCUCGCUCGAGAAAUAACAAGAAACUCCUCAGGGGACUUCAGGGACAAGAAGCGCACCAGCAACAAUGCCUCUAUCGCAUUUGCAACCCUGUCACAGCCUUCAAAGUCCACGACCCGGAUCCCAACGCCGUCGAUGGAGGUCAUGUUCUGGGGCUACGAUUCGAGGUCAUGUCUCGCAGUCAAUUUCUCAAGCCAUACUACGUUAUGCUGAACCGUCCCUAUUCGAAGUCCUCGGCCCUACGUGUCCACCGUCACACGCUACCCAGCGCGAUACCGCUUGCUGGGCUGGCUGCCCGUCAUCUGCCUCCCCCAAAGCCCGAGGACGAAACACCCCCUUCGCAGGACUUGGAUCAAUUUGUUAGGACACUCAGGCGCGAAAUAAUGCGAUACCAUAACCGGCUCGGUAUAUCCGCCGAUCUAAGGAGAGCACUGGGAUUACAUCAAAUCACCGAGGGAGACACUGGGCCCACCAACAUUGUCGAAGUUGGAAUUGCUGAUAUCGAAGCGAAGCAGAUCAAGCUCACAUGGGCGGACGAACGUAACGGUCGUCUCGUUAUGGACGAUGAUGGAAAGGUCACCAAACUUUCUGUCUUUGGUGUGGAUGGGCGCGACUGGGAGACAACGAAAAGCCUUUUCGACAGGCCACAGCGCAUUGAAGAAGUGGUGGAAAAGCUAAGGCAAUCAUCUACAAGCUAA